AUGGGUGGGAGGCUCAAGGAGCAGGUUCUCACUGACCAGCAGCUCUGUGACCAGAAGAUGAACUCCAGUGAGGACCGGGAGGAGCCGAAGCCUCUGCAGAUUAAGGAGGAACAGGAAGAAGUGUGCACCAGUCAAGAGGAUGAGCAGCUCAUACUGAAGGAGGAGGAUGCUGAUAGCUUCUUGGUGACUACUUAUGAGGAAAGUGACCACAGUGAACCGGAAUCAAAUGGUCACCAGCUUUUCUCUGAUCGUGCUCCCUGCAGCUCUCCUGUGGCAGAGAGUCAGUGUGAUGCUGACACAAGUAAAAAGCCUUUUAAAUGUAAUGUUUGUGGAAAAGCUUUUAAGAAAAAUUCUUAUGUAAAAGAACAUCAGAAAAUCCACUCGGGCGAGAAGCCAUAUUCUUGCCAAACAUGUGAGAAAAGUUUCACUCGAAGGGCUCAUUUGUUGGGCCACAUGCGAACCCACACAGGCGAGAAGCCGUAUUCUUGUGAAACAUGUGGGAAGGGUUUUACUCAGAGUAGUCAUUUGUUGAGCCACAUGAGACUUCACACAGGUGAGAAGCCGUAUGCAUGUGAAAUAUGUGGGAAAGGUUUUAUUCAGAGGGGUCACCUGUUGGUCCACGUGAGAACUCACACAGAUGAGAAGCCGCAUACUUGUGAAGAAUGUGGGAAAAGUUUCCGAUUUAGUGGCACUUUGUCGGUGCACAUGAGAACUCACACGGGCGAGAAGCCAUAUUCUUGCAAAGCCUGUGGGAAAAGUUUCCGUCAGAAAAAAAUUUUGUCCGUCCACAUGCGAACUCACACAGGGGAGAAGCCGUAUUCGUGCAAAACAUGCGGGAAAGGUUUCACUCAAAAAAGCGAUUUAACGAUUCACGAGAGAACGCACACGGGUGAGAAGCCGUAUCCCUGCAAAGCCUGCGGGAAGAGUUUCCGUCAAAAAAAUAUCUUGUCGGUGCACAUGAGAACGCACACGGGUGAGAAGCCGUAUUCAUGCAAAAUGUGCGGGAAGAGUUUUCGUCAAAAAAGCAUCUUGUCUGUCCACAUGAAAACGCACACAGGUGAGGAGCUGUAUCCCUGUGAAACAUGUGGCACGACUUUUAGAUCCAGUCGCAGUUUGUUGGACCACUUAGAUACGCACACAUUUGAGGAGUCGUAGUCUGGAAAGGUGCAUUUCAGAUCUAAUAUGACAGAGUCCCUCACCGUCUGUGUGGUUCUGUAGAACUUUGGCUCUACGUUCUAAGUGGAAAGCUGGUCUGAGCGACAGCAGCUGCUCAGCUCGUAUCCUUCAUCUCCUGGUUCAGUAAAGCAGCUGUUCUCGGUUUCCUCAGCAUUUUUGUUUGGUUUGUGCAGCCAUGCCUAAUUGUGCAUCGGUCUGUUCGCCAACGUAUUCUGUGUUGUUCAUAUCAUCUAUUUCUGAUCUCACCUCUGUUAUAUCUGGAUUCUGCUGUGGCUGAGACCCUCGUCCCAGCUGCAGCCUUUUGGCACCUUCCAUGUUUCAUGCGUGCAUUAACUUUGUAUAGUUUUGGACUUUAGAGGUGACACUAACAAACUGUAGAUUUUUGGCAUGGUGUUGUAAAAGGAACCGUGUAAAUAAAGUUUCUUCUAAGUUGUGAUCA